AUGAGGAAUACAUACACCCUCUUUCUCUUUGUAGUGGGCUCCUAUUAUUUUAACGGAAGCACCGCAGCAGAUGCUGAAGAAAAGCUAAUGAACCACCUACUGAGUCCUGACAGGUACAAUAAGUUAAUUCGCCCAGCUGUCAACUCGUCCCAGUUGGUAUCUAUAGAACUGCAGGUUUCCUUGGCACAGCUCAUCAGUGUGAAUGAACGGGAGCAGAUCAUGACUACAAAUGUCUGGCUGAACCAGGAGUGGAUUGAUUAUCGUUUGGCUUGGAAGCCCUCUGACUAUGAAGGAAUAAAUACGCUGAGAAUACCUGCAAAACACAUCUGGCUGCCAGACAUUGUGCUUUACAAUAAUGCCGAUGGCACAUACGAAGUUUCACUGUACACAAAUGUAAUCGUACAGAAUAAUGGAAGCAUUCGCUGGUUGCCUCCAGCCAUUUACAAGAGUGCCUGCAAGAUCGAGGUUAAGCAUUUCCCAUUUGAUCAACAAAACUGCACCUUAAAGUUCCGGUCUUGGACAUAUGAUCAUACAGAAAUUGAUAUGGUACUAAAAACUUCCAUGGCAAGCAUGGAUGACUUCACACCCAGUGGAGAAUGGGACAUUGUAGCACUCCCAGGAAGAAGGACUGUAAAUCCUUUGGAUCCCAAUUAUGUCGAUGUGACAUAUGACUUCAUUAUUAAAAGGAAACCUCUUUUCUAUACCAUCAAUCUUAUCAUUCCCUGUGUGCUAAUUACUUCCUUAGCCAUCCUGGUGUUCUACUUGCCUUCAGACUGUGGUGAAAAAAUGACCUUAUGCAUAUCUGUGUUGCUUGCCUUGACUGUGUUCUUACUGCUGAUCUCCAAAAUUGUCCCUCCAACAUCUCUGGAUGUUCCGCUGAUCGGGAAGUAUCUCAUGUUUACAAUGGUACUAGUCACCUUCUCAAUAGUUACCAGUGUCUGUGUACUCAAUGUCCACCACAGAUCUCCAAGCACUCACACUAUGCCUCCUUGGGUAAAGCUGGUUUUCCUUGAAAGACUUCCAGCCUAUCUGUUCAUGAAGCGUCCAGAAAAUAAUUCUCCACGGCAAAAGCUGUGCAACUGCAAAAAGAUGAGAGCAGAGAAUCUUUCCAUAGACCCAGCCGUCUUGUACAAGAACUCUACUUACUUUGUGAACACAGCUUCUGCCAAAAAAUAUGAUAUGAAAAUCACUGAGACUCUUGACAAUGUCAGCAACCAUCAAGAUUUCAGGUUAAGAACAGGCAUGAAAUUUUCUCCUGAAGUCCAAGAAGCAAUUGAUGGAGUCAGUUUUAUAGCAGAGCACAUGAAAAGUGAUGACAACGACCAAAGUGUCAUUGAAGAUUGGAAGUAUGUUGCCAUGGUAGUGGACAGGCUGUUUCUCUGGAUAUUCGUCCUUGUUUGUGUCCUUGGGACUGUUGGAUUAUUUCUGCAGCCACUUUUUCAAAACCACAUUGCUGCCGUGAACCCUUAG